AUGUCGUCAAUAGUCAAUGCAGCCGUACACCCUUACUACCCCACUGAUCUAGACAUCGUGGGGUAUCUGGCCAAUGAGUGGGACACAUUGACCCUAGUGUCGAUCUUCGCAGCAGGAUGCACGGCUAUUUUCUUAACGACAUACCUAUUGGUGAUCAAAGUGCAGCCAAAGAUAUCACCGAGUGAUCUGUGGACUAUCAUGUGUGGCUGUAUCCACCUUUUCUUCGAGGGAUACUUUGUCUAUAAUUUCCGACAGAUGCCCAGCAUGCAAGAUGUUUUUGGACAGCUUUGGAAAGAAUACUCAUUAUCGGAUUCUCGAUACCAAACCCAAGAUGCAUUUGUGUUAUGCAUGGAGACCAUCACUGCCAUUUUCUGGGGCCCUUUGUCGUUUAUUUUGGCCGGGAUGAUCAUGAUUCAACACCCCCUGCGGUAUCCUCUGCAGGCCAUUGUGUCCCUUGGUCAGCUUUAUGGGGAUGUUCUUUAUUACGCAACCUGCAUGUUUGACCACUACCUUCUGGACCUUUCGUACUCCCGACCCGAAGCUUCGAUCUUUUGGGGGUACUUUGUCUUUUGCAAUAUAUUCUGGAUUAUUAUUCCCUUAGUUCUGCUCUACGAUAGUUUGUCAGUCAGCAAGAAAGCGUUUAUUGCUCUUUCGGCUGCAGAGAAAGACAUUCCAAAGACGGCGAAGAGGGAGUAG